AUGCGUUUCUCCACGUCCGCUGCCUUACUAGGCCUGGCUUUGCCUACAGCGUUGGCUCUUUGUCCUUAUGCUGAACAGAUGAAGGCUGACAAGCGAGAUACGCCAUCUCAGCUGCACACACCACGCGAUUUGCCCACCUCCAAUAAAAAAGGAAUCUUCUACAUGAACCGUAUUGCUCCAGGUACCUCUGAGCUAUACGUCGCCGAUGUGGAUGGUAAAAAUGAGCGACCUUUACUAUCUAACCCUAUCUACGAAUACCAUGCAUCAUUCUCUCCCGAUGGAGAAUGGAUCACCUUCACCGGAGAGCGCAAUGGCGACGGUAAUUCGGAUAUUUACCGCGUCCGCACAAAUGGCUCCGGUAUUGAAGAGCUUGUCGCAACAUCUUCGGUGGAAGAUGGAGCCGUGAUAUCCCCCAAUGGCAAACAAGUCGCCUAUGUAUCCACUGCCAAUGGCUACAAAGCCAAUAUCUGGGUGUUGGACUUGGAGAGCGGCAAGAAGUGGAACCUGACCGACACUGCCUCGACUGCCGCCAAUUCCUCUUUACCUGACGGAUACUUCCGUCCCUCAUGGUCCCCCGACGGUCAAUGGAUUGCUUUCUCAUCAGACCGUAACUCAGGAUGGUACGGCCAUGGGGAUCCAACCUUCCUGGGUGUUACCGGAUGGGAGCAUACGCAGGAGCUUUCCAUCUACGCUAUUCGCCCUAAUGGGUCUGAUUUCCGUCGUGUUGUCUCAAAGUCGGGCUACUCUCUAGGCUCACCCAAGUGGUCUCCCAGUGGAAAGCGUAUUCUGUUCUACGAGAUGACCCGUGAAAACACCUGGAAUUCCCACCGUCCCGAAUCCAUCAACUCUGCAAACUCCACCCUGGUCUCCGUGGAUUUUGCCACAGGCGCUGGUCGUCGCGUUGAAGUUGGAGGGUCUGGCGUGAAGAUCUUCCCUCAAUACCUCUCCGAGAGUACGGUGGCUUACUUUGCCAAGGGUGCUGGCAAGGAAGGUCUCCACACAAGCAGUGGUGGAUUUGUAAACACCUCCAGCGUGACCAUUCGUUCUCCUGCCUGGUCUGCCGAUGGCAAGAAAGUGGUUUACGAGAAGACCAACUGGUCUGUUCGUCCCAUGGACAAGAAGCUUUACAGCUGGGACAAGGAGUGGGAGUAUCGCUUCACCGAUGUCUUCCCUCAACUGUCCAACACAAACAUGAUUGCCAUGACAGAAAAGCAACUUGGCAACUCCUCCAUCGUCUCGCUAAAUGCCAACGGCACAAACGAGCACCUCGUAUACAACGACAUGACCUCUGACUUCCUAGACGCAUCCUCAAUCGCCAUGGGCACAGCAGGUGCCUUCAAUCCCGCUUGGUCUCCCGACGGUAAUUGGGUCACCUUCGGAGUUGGCUUCUGGUUCCAAAGCCGAGCCACCGGCGGCGGCUGGUUGGUUCGCGCAACCGCCAACGGAACAUACUCAGAGGUAUUGCUGGACAGCCAAACAACCUUGGAGAGCAACAGCAGCGUCAUCAACCAAGGAUUCCCCAGCUACUCGCACGACGGCAAGAAGAUCGUAUACCGUGUUUGGGGAACGAACUCGACCCUGGGAGACACGUCCCAGCUCGGUCUCCGCCUCCUCGAUCUCGAGACUCGCAAGAUCUCCGUCCUUACUACAGAGUGGGAUAAUUUGCCUCUUUUCUCCCCAGAUGGCGAGAGAAUUGUUUUCACACGCAAGACCAGCCCUUCCAAUUACGAUAUCUGCACCAUGGCCACUGAUGGCUCGGAUGUCAAGGUAUUGACCAGCAGUGGUGCCAACGAUGCCCAUGCGGUUUGGACCUGGGAUGGUCGCAUUGCCUAUUCUACUGGCAUGUUCGGCUUCCAGUAUGAGUGUGCUCUUUACGAUCAGACUUUCCAGCCUUAUGGUCAGGUUGUUGUCAUGGAGGCUGAUGGGUCGAAUAAGCGCGUGCUGACUGAUUCUAUCUGGGAGGACUCUAUGCCGCUAUAUGUCCCCAAUGAAAAGCUUCAUGAUCUCUCAAAGUCGACUAGGCGAGAUUCUGGAGAUCGUUUCUGA